AUGGGCGGACUGGGAGAAUCAAAAGGGCUGGAACGCGUGAGAGCACUUGCAAAAUACCGGUGGUUCAUCACUACCGGCUUACUCGGCAUUAUACUGGGGUUCCAGUUGGUCAUAUGGAACCAAAUCAGAAACACUACAACAACUUGUUCGCCGCAAGUCGGAGGAGACCAUGUUGAGGAAACAAAAUACUUUCCGACCGAGGUCGUACAAUGGAAGGCGGACUACGAAUUCGUCCCUUUGAACGCAACUGAGUUUCUCGAUCCAAAGGUUCAAACCAAGUGGGAGACUUUAUACCCAGCUGGAGCAGGCUUUGGGCCGGGCGGUCUCGUCUACAACUCAACAUCCGUCACACAUCAGCUCCAUUGUGUAUACAUCAUGGGCAAAAUAUUUUCGGCAGUUUUAACGAAUUCACCGGAUCUCCCGGAGCCAGACGACUAUGAAGCUCACUUCCUCCAUUGUAUCGACUACAUGCGACAAGCUGCUAUGUGUGCUGGAGAUCUCGCGGUUGAACCUCGUGGGGAAGAUGGGCAACCUGGUCCCGUCAAUCUUGACAAUGCGUUCAAUGGUCGUCAUGUCUGCAAGGACUACACACAGGUAAAGAGCUACUUAGAAGAGCAACUGAGCGAGGGAAAGCGGAAUAUCCUACCCCUUGAUGACUGA